AAAUAAUAAUACUUGUUUUGUAUUCACAGAUUUAUAUGUUUGUUGUACAUGUUGGUAUAGUUUAAAUAUCUCUUCUAACAAGUUCUGUUCCUACGUAUUUUUUUUUUGUGACGGACACUUCAAAGCCGUCAAGAUGUCUACGAAUUUAACCUACCCUGACCUGCCGGAGAAUGUGUACAGUGCGGUAACCGUGGACCUAAGCAUUGUUUCAUUGCAACAUCUUUUUGUCAUGACCACUUCGUUUAUUAAUCUGGUGUUUCGUCCUUUUAGUGCUAUUGAAGAGUUCAUAUACUCGAUAGCUACUUCCGGAACCACUAAUUUCUUGGGAGACUUACUGAAGAAUUGGCAAACAUCUUUGCCAGGCAGACUGUUUGUCACAUAUAAGCUUGCAUCAUUUGAAGCUGGGUUCAUGGCUUGUUUCGUCGCUGGGUGUUUGUUCAUCAUCCUCGUUCCAUUAGUUGGCGCUAUAAUGUGUUGUUGCCGAACAUGCUGUGACAACUGUGGUGGGGAAAUGAUCCAAUCAAAAAGUCGAGUGCAGAGUAAAUGGAGAUACUGUUUCUUUGCGUCCCUUCUCAUAAUCACUGUGUUUAUUAUGAUACCGUGUGUGUUUGUCUUCCUAACCAAUGAAUGGGUCACACAAGUUGUGAAAGUAAUUCCCGACAAAACAGUCAAAGUUUUUAACGACUUUAGCAGUUAUUUGGAACUCAUUCCUACUCAGUUCAACUUUAUCGUUAACCAAUAUUACACACUUGAUCAAGGUCUUUCAACAGACAUACAAAAUUUGGGUACCUCAGUUGGCGUUCCAAUCAGAGAUACUUUCAUUGCACUUGCCACUCCUGCACUCACUCUACUUACUGGAAUAUCCAAUGACGCUGAUAAAAGUUUGACAGAACUUGUCAGCAUCCAACAGUCAACCGACGUUCUCAUAAAUGGCUCCAACAACCUUGACAGCCAACUUAGUUCUUUGAGAUCAAGAAUGGCAUCCUCAUUAAACACAACUGAGUGUAGGGGGGAUAUGUACUGUCGUGGCGUGCUUAUAUCUAUUGAUUCCUUAACCACUGGUGGUGACUUCUCUGCACUCCAGAGCGUGCAGGCGCAGAUUACCGAAAUAAAUGACACGUUGACGCAAUAUGACAUCAAUGCUGAAAUUAAUAAAGUUAUGAAACAACUUAAUGAUAUUCCAGAACUCGUAACCAAUGGCAGUGCUAAUGUUACAAAAAAUAUGUUGAGUACAUUAGCGACAAUCAAUGAAACCAUGAGUAAAGCCAUAAGUCAGUUGCCCCUCUCAUCACUGGACCCUUUAAAACAAGAAAUGGAAAAUAUUAACUCAACGAUAUAUAGUAUUGCUUAUGACUAUAGUACAAAAUAUGACAUAUACAGGUAUGCUGCUGGGAUAGUCCUCGGUUCUAUUGUGGCUUUAAUUUGCGCUCUGUACCUCCUUGGGAUGUUAUGUGGGGGUUGUGGCUUCAAGUCAGACAGAAACCCAGCCGACAGAUCCACUUUGUCAAACUGUGGUGGCAUCUCAAUUAUGGCUGGUGUGGGGGUAUCCUUUAUAUUUGGUUGGAUUCUGAUGUUGUUGGUGACUCUCACCUUCACAGUGGGUGGGCAUGGGGAGAGAUAUGUUUGCCAGAACCUUGAGUAUCCUUAUGAAGGAAUUAAGUUUUUGGACGAUGUUUUAUGGAAAACAUAUGGGAGUCUUCUUGGUAUCAAACUAUAUACUGAUUCAUACGUACCACUUGACUUUAGUGGUGUAUUAACUGCAUGUGAAGGAAAUUCUUCAAUCUACACCGCUCUCCAACUUGAAGAAUUAUUUAAUGUCACCGAGUUUAUUCAGAGCGCAACAGAAAAUCUGAACAGUUUCAAAACCCAACUUUCUGAUUUAACAGUUGACCUCUCCUCUUUAAAAGCUUACACUCCUGAGAUAGCGAAUGCUCUUAAUGCUUUGAAACAGACAGGUCUUGAUGGGAUCAAUUUUGAUUCUUAUUUAAAUGCAACAGCGCAAGGCAUUACCACAGUCAACUUUACAUUCUAUGCUCAAUUUCUAAACAACUCUGCAGACAACAUGACAGUGCCAGGUGCAACUGCCCCAAUACUUAAUCUAGCAACUGAAAUUCGCAAGUUCUCCUAUGAAGUAACAUUGAUACAAACCAUGUACGUUGAUCCUCUCACACCUGCCCUUAAUACACUUACCACGGAUAUAAACUCCCUGCAGAAAACUGCUACUGGAUUGAAUGCAUCCAUAGAUGAGACAGCAGCUGCACUGCAGACAUUAGACAGUGUCAUACAAACUAAUGGAUCAGCUUUGGUUUCAGUAGAAAUCAAUAAAUAUGCUGACACUCUCAUUUUGAGUGUCAACCAAUAUGCUGCUUGGUUUCUUGAUCAGGUUACCAAUCACUUUGGACAAUGUUAUCCCGUCGUGUUGGUUUAUAAUCAGUUUGUGUCCAUACUCUGCAGUUAUUUCAUGGAUAUCCUGAAUGGUCUCUGGUUCUGCCUUGGUUGGAUUACUUUCUUCUUGAUUCCUGGUGCCAUCUUUGGAAUGAAACUUGCCAAAUAUUACAGACGGCUUCAAGACAUGGAGAGCUAUAAUGAUAACCAUUGGAAUGAUAUGGAGAUGGAUGCAUUCAACAGAAGCAACAAUAACGGACAGCAACAGCAGAAGUCUUCAGGAAAGUUCAGCGACGAGAAUGACCGAUUUUGAUUACUCAGAUCUGCUAAAAUUCACCCCGGGGAAUAUUACUGAUGUUGCUCAAUUGGUUCGCUACAAACAGAUGUAGAUAAUCAGGCUGCUGCCUUCAACAGAAUCUUCAAACUUGGAAAUUUCUCUGAUUUGGUGUCACUGUGUAAUGCCAGUUUAUCGCUGCUUGUAUCGCACUUUGCCAUAUAACUUGUACACCCUUCUGUACAUAGCGCAUUGUAAAUCAUUUAUUUUGUUUUGAUAUUUUGUACCCCCCAAUCCCAAAGUGAUAAAUAAUCGGUAAAAGUGCAUUAUUUUUAUCAAGGUACCACACAUGAAAUUUUAUUAUUAUUAGUAUUUAGAUAGUGUUAGAUACUCAAUUUAGGGAUGUGGUCUGGGAAACUGUAAUCGUUUUCUGUUUUUUUUUAAUCUGCAUUAGUUCCUGUCUAACUCUUUACCAAAAAUAAACCAUUUUUCGUCCAAACA